ACUGAACAGGGCUACUAACGGAUACUCUCAUCUCUCAUUACCGAUAAUAUUCCGGUCCAUUUUCAGAUCCAUAGCAAAAGCAAAAGAAAUGGGUACCGAUCCAUUCGGCCGACUUCCCUGGUUUGUCCUGCAAAGGAUCCUAUCAAACCUUCCCAGUCUACCAGCGCUGCAUAGCCUGUGCAGGGCGUCACCGGAUAUUGCGGGAUUUUUACACCAGAAUAAUGAGCUUUUUGCCCGGAUCGUGGAUGCGAUUAUCGCCAAUCCGGUCCGCGAAAGGGGGCUGGCGCCACAUGUUCAGGAUAUCAUACGACUCAUUAUCCUCGUCUGGACCCCAAUGCAGGAAAUAGAUACGGAUAUCGUUGGCAUUUUACAUUACGUUCAAGAGCGUCGCCUUGAAUGCCCUUCUAAUCUCAAGACAAUAUCUCCGUCAACACCCUCGGCUAUUUUAUAUCGGCUCCUUCGCCUAAUACCUCGACUGCGAUGUCUUAUCCACGCAUAUUUCCAUUCUACAAUCAAAAGGUGCCUCCAGCUGCAGCUAGAGCAUUUGCCUCGCAAAACAUUAUUUUACUCUACACGCCCGGUACUUGAUCUCAGCCGACGUCCCCAGCGGGGUAUUCCAUACACUCCUGUUGAUAUUGGCCCACCGACAUGGGUUGAAGAGCAAAGGCUACUCAGUAGUUUCUUAUGUAUUGUUCUUUUUUACGAGCUGCGGAAAAAACAUAUUGAAUGUUCUCUGGCCAUCGAAGACGGUGAGACUGUCAGCGCUUUGUUGGACAACAAUGUGGAAAUGUUUUGGAGGAAAGUCCUCUGGGAGCGCUCUGCCGAAGGCCAGGAGGAGCAGAUAGCAACUCUUCUUCACUGGCUAGAUCAACAGGCAGACGGACGUGAAAACAUUUAUUCCUGGUUGCUAUAUGCCAAGGCUUCAGAGGAUUAUGAUCAUUGUUGUCAAUGCUAUACAACUGUGAUAACUGCGCAAAUGGACAUCUCAGAUAUUAUGGAUAAUGACCUGAGCAACAGGCGAUCGUCCAGGGGUAUGCGGUGUUUAUGGUCGUGUAAAUACGAUCCUAGAUCGCCCCUCAAAGGCCUUAGUCUGUCGGUCUUUCGUCCAUAUGGCCUUGUAUUCUGGGAUGGUGCCAGAAUGGACGCCCUGGGCUUUCCAAAUAGAUUGAUUUCACACCGAAUAUGGUUCGCUUGGUCCUCUAUAUUCACUGAAGAGGAUUGGGACGAACUGCUAAGACGGCAGUCCGCUAUUGAAGCAGGUGCUCAAUUCCAAGACUAGAAAUCAGAUCUUUUAUACAUUUUCCUAGUUUUCCAUGAAAAUGUCCAAA